GAACUCAUAUACUCUAAUUAGACGAUGGAUUUGGUAGGUGAAAUAGUCGAGAAGGACGUAGGAGAACCUACGCUACCAUUGCCCACAGAUGAUUUGGACAUAAAGAAAAUAGAGGACAUCAAGAAGAGAAGAGAAUCCGCAUUUACAACCAGGCUUAAAGGAAGGAAUGGUGGUCCUUCUGUGGCAAGCAAGUUCAAGCAAAAUGCUAAUAGUCAGCUAGUUUCAGAGAAAGGGUUGAGUGAAGCAGAAAAAAUACACAAGGAGAAUAUGGAGAAACUUGGAAGCAUGUCCGCUGAAGAGAUCAAUCAAGAAAGAGAGGAGUUAUUAGCACAGUUGAAUCCUGAUUUAAUUCAAAGUUUAAUGAAGAGGGCAGAAAAGAGAGAAAAACAUGUUGAAGAACCCAAACACACGCACCAUGAGCAUCGCCAUGCCGAAGGAUAUGGAGAGUGGAUUGGAGGGAUGAAGACGGAAUUUGGUGUCAAGGACCUUACUCAUCUUGACAAGGACGAUAUAGAAAAGGCAUUAGGAAUCAGUUCUUUGAAUAUCGAGGAUGAAGAAAAGACCAUCAAGCCUCCUAAAAAAGUGAGGUUUGAUACUAAUCAAGAAAUCGCUCCAGAUGACUAUCAGUUGGUUAAUGAAGAUGAAGGAAAUGAUGACGUUCAUUUCACUAAACCAAAAGGUACAAUUAAAGAGUACGGAAAGGAUUUGGACCUUAAUGACCCCGAAUUCUACGAUCAAUUACACCAAAAGUAUUACCCAGACUUACCCAAAGAGACAUCGAAGUUGGCUUGGAUGACGGAGCCAGUUCCUGUUCAGAAGACAUCUACUUAUGAGUCCAUAUCCGAUAUGAGGUUUGACUUUCAAGGAAACUUAAUAGAAUUGCAUGCUGAACAAGACCAGGAAAAGGAGAUUCCAACAUAUUUAGGUUUACAUCACCAUUCCGCAAACCCCCAUUUACCUGGUUACACUUUAGGUGAGUUGGUCCAUUUAUCAAGGUCUGUGGUUGCAGGCCAAAGGUGUUUGAGCAUCCAAAUGUUGGGUAGAAUCCUCCACAAACUUGGUCUUCACAAGUACAAUAUUAUGCCCAUUAGUGAUGAUGAGCAGGACAAACAGUUUAAUGAAAGCGUUAAACAGCUCACUAGGCAUUUUGAGAAGAUGAUGUGGGAUUUGAUAGACGAACUCCGUGUCAUUGAAUCGAUUUCUGAGGCUUCAGAUGAAAAGAAGAGCACCAACAUAUCUGUUAGAAACUACGCGGUUGAAGCAUUGUGGUUAUGGAGACAAGGAGGUGGGAGGCCCAAAGAAGAAGAAACGACUAUAGACGAAGAAAUAGCACAGAUAAUCUAAAUAGAGAAAUGUUAAUAUUCCUGUGGAUUCGGAUAAUAAUGACGGACAAGCUGAUUUUACAAUCACAUCAAAAUCUUGAAGAAAACCCAACCACAAAAGGUGUACAGAGACCUUGGGAGAUGUACUUAUAAAACAUAAACACAACGAAGGAACCGGUACACUUUUCUUGGGUGGAAGGGAAGAACUGAAAUAUGAAUCGAUACUACCACAUGAUCCCACCAAAAACUGGUCAGAAAUGGCUUGAAUAUCUUCUUGAUCCAGUUCAAUAACAUCACAAAUAGGUAAGGAAUAUUUGGUUCACUCUUCGCAUAUAGACACAUUGGCCGAUGAUCAGAAAGAUGGCAAGAAACCUUAUCGGACAACUUAAGUUAUGCGGUGCAGAGAUGUUAAUCAACAUAGCAUUCUACGCCAAGCACUAGUAACAGGUUUAUUAAACGAUACACCGUUGGAGAAGAGAAAAAAAAUUCUAUCAGCUGCGAAAGCUACAAUAAAUUUCAUGGUAACUAAUAAAAGGAAUACAACCAGAAAAGCAACACACUAAACCCGAAUUACAUUGGGGAUCACAAGUAAAAUAUCUACUUCUCUAGAGAGUUAUCGGAGAUGUCAAUAUAUUUUCUCAAUUCUGUACUUAUUCACUCCGUACCUUCCUUUAAGAAAGGCCCUAUCUACCGUCAGUCUUAGCCUGAAUUCAAGUCGAACCAUAGUUAUUGACUCUGUGGUUAUGACCAUCACCUCCGAGAGCUGAGUGUGUUUCUCUGUAUGGGUAGCUCAGGAUGAUGUAGUAACAAUGUAAUAAACCCGGGAAAAAUCCUAAAAGACAAAGGACAAUAUUGAUCAAAAAAUCAGCAGAAAAGAAGCCUCUUUUGACUAAUACCGGAAUGGGGGGGAAGAAAAACCCAAUAAAAACCAUAAACCAAUCUUGUGGAUGCAUGUUUAAAGUUGGUAAUAUUUAACGUGAUUUGUUCAAGUGAUAAAGAUUCAAGGAAUUUAGACGUCACUCAAGAUUGCUCCUCCUCAAAAGGCU